CAACUCCCCACCUCUUCUAUUCUGACCCUCUUUUUUACUUUUCCCCCUUUGUUUUAUUGUUAAGUUGUCACAAUUUUUUGCCCUGCGAUUCUGUGAAGAAGCACCAACUCAUCGGUCUCAUCUCGGGUUCUUCUUCCUCUUCCUCCUUUACCCCCCGCCCGCGCCCGCGCAACUCGCCACGAGUGAGGAAUCAACUGUCAACCUCCCCUUCCCCACUCAUCCUUCCAAUUCUUGAAUAACAACAUAGCUUGGGCCCGAGCGAGUCAUGGCGCAGAUCCGCGGCACUGCCGGAUACAAUCUGGGUCACAGCAACCCGUUUGUCGGUCCCGGUCGGGCUGACGCUACAAAUGACCCGAGUCCCUUGGAUGCGAUCCGUGAGCAGACCAGCAAGAUCGAAGACUGGUUGGAGACCAUUUCAGACCCGAUCAAGCCAUAUCUUCCCGCAAUUGGCCGUUUCUUGAUUGUUGUUACCUUCCUCGAAGAUUCUCUGCGCAUAUUGACACAAUGGGGCGACCAGCUCUCGUAUUUGCACGAAUUCCGAUCCUUCCCACGAGGAAUUUCUCAUAUCUUCCUUCUCCUGAACGUUAUUGCCAUGUUGGUUUGUUCCGUCUUUGUUAUUGCCCGUAAACAUAGCGAAUACGCUGUCGCCGGUCUCCUUGGAGUUGUCGUUUCCCAAGCCCUCGGAUACGGUCUGGUCCUCGACUUGACCUUUUUCGUUCGAAACCUCAGCGUGAUCGGGGGUCUCCUCAUGGUGCUCUCAGACUCGUGGGUCCGCAAGAAGUUCGUCCCGGCCGGCCUGCCUCAGCUCGAAGAGAAGGACCGCAAGAUGUAUGUCCAGUUCGCGGGACGUGUGCUGCUUAUCUUCCUGUUCAUCGGCUUCAUUUUCUCCGGAUCGUGGGGCUUCUGGAGAAUUUUGGUCAGCAUCCUUGGAUUUGUCGCGUGUGUUAUGGUUGUCGUCGGCUUCAAGGCUAAGUGGAGUGCCACGAUUUUGGUCGUGGUGCUCAGCAUUUUCAACAUCCUGGUGAACAACUUCUGGACACUUCAUUCCAAGCAUCCUCACAAGGACUUUGCCAAAUAUGACUUCUUCCAGACUCUCUCCAUCGUCGGCGGCCUCCUCCUCUUGGUUAACAUGGGUCCAGGACAGCUCAGCAUGGAUGAAAAGAAAAAAGUCUACUAAUUUAGCCCUUCCCCCAAGCACUACAACUGCACGCAUUGCAUUCACAUUACAUUCUAGUUGUCGUAUGAACUGUCACAAGAACAGUCCGGUUCUCCAAAACUGAGUUUGAAGAGCUGGAAUUGGAUCGCAAUGUGAUAUGAAGGAACUCUGCAUAGUUGCAUGAGCCUCGACACCCUCAAAACUCAUGUAUACCCCCCCCCUCUGGCGCACCAGCCAGCUUACCCCACAUUUCCCAUAUUCCAAUCCUUGGAUUGAAUCCAUCUGAUCUGAACUACAAGCAACCUCGAAAAAGAUCACCCUUUUCAACGUCUUUUUUUAUGGUGGUAUUAGCUGUCAUUGGAAUUUCAAAUAGUCUCUGGAAGCACAAAGCUUGCAGUUUUGAAUAACUACUUCAAUUCAGAUGCUAACAUUUCUUUUCUGCCUUUUUUUUUUUUUUUUUUUAACAAAAAAGCUCCCUUUCGGAUCUAGCAACUUUACGGUGUAUCGAAAACCUUCCAAUAGUGUAUUCUAUAGGCUUCCUUCACAUCCCAGUUCGCAUUCUUCGAUCAGGCAGUUUCUAUGUAAGAUUAAGGUCCGUCUCUCCACUGCCUGGGGAAGAAAAAAGCUGCUCGAUAUGUUUGGUUCAAGAAAAAAGAAAAAAAAGAGAAAUAUAAAAGACAGUUGCAAC